CAUUUUAUCUGUCAUCUUCCUUAAAACUUGUAAACAAAAGACCAAAAAAGAUUUAUAUCCAAAAAUAUUCAAAAAUCUUCAACAAAAAUAAAUUAAUAAUGAACGUCGACAACUCCACCAUGGAACUAGAUCCCGAAGUAGCUAAACGACUCUUCGCCCAAGGUGCUGUCCUAAUUAUAGCCGGAGUUCCAAUCGGCACACAAUUCGGCAUUGAUUUAUGCAGCUACACAAUUGGUGAAAAAUUCCGUGGAAUUAAAAUGGUCCCACCCGGUCCACAUUAUGUCUACUGUGAGUCUCAAGGUCCAUAUGGUGACUCUGCACCAAGAGUUGGCUUUGUCCAUUACUUCCAUUGCAAUGAAAUUCUAGUCCGUGAAUGGGACAAUGAGAAUGAAGAACUUCGUGAACGGCAAAUUGCCGAUCCCGAAUUGGAGAAACGAAGAAUCCGAGAAAAUCUCUUGGAUUUGGAUGAGUUUCUUGCUCCAUAUGAUUAUCGCUAUGCUGGCGAUUGGAAGCAUUUAACUGACACAGUUUCCGAAGAAGCUGUCAAUCGUUGUCGCCCAGCUUUGGGGACAAUUCGAACAAAUGUUGAAUUGCAAUCUUGUCCAGAUUCGGAGAGACCUCGAGGGGUUCCUGGGGUUUCUCCGAAGAUUACCAAGAUCACAAGUGAAGAUGAACUUCUUCCAAACUUAAAACCAAUCGAAGGAACUGGUCCUCGAUUCACAGAACUCCCGGAGCGUGUUCCGAAAGACGCGACUCCCGAGGAGAUAACAAAACAUUAUAUGGAUUGUUCUCAGGCUGUCGAAGAGUUAAUGGAACUCUUUGACAAUCCUGAGAAACUAAUCGAAGAGGUUCAGCUGGCCUUUGUCAUGUUCCUCAUUGGUUACUCUAUAGAAUCCCUUGCUCAAUGGAGGAAGACUUUGAAUCUUUUGGCAAACAGCGAAGUUGCUGUUCAGAAAUUCAAGAUUUUCUUUAUGAAGUAUUGUGAGGUGCUGCAGCAUCAGCUGCCGCAUCUUCCGGAAGAGCUCAUGGAGCCAACUGAGCACAACACCGUUUACAAAGACGUUCGAAGUCUCCUAAUCAAUCUGACAGUUAGUGGAUUGAGUGUGAGUGCAGAGAGACUUAGAAAAAUGCUAGCUAAAAGAAUGAAAUGGGAAUUUGUUGGAUUAAUGGAUGAUGAUCCGGAGGAUUUGCCAGUUGUAGUUGAAACGUAA